GCUUCGUCGUGAUGCUAACUGCGCCGUUAUCCAAAAUGUGAUACUCUGUAUAAAAGUGUGGGGGUGUGUAUUGCGCCCAUGAUCAUGUGUGACGAAAAUUAUGUUUUCGGCAAUUAGUUCGUGUCCAGCAAUAGAAAUUAUGUUCGAUUUGGCCACUUGUGUCUACAAGUCUCUCCUUCGAAUGCCAUCUUUCUAAUUACUUUGUGAAAUCUUUCUAAGUUAGAACGCAGAGGACCACCGCCAAUCCGUUGCAGCUCACUUCAAGUCAACCAUAUUACAUAUUUAGUAUAUCUUAGUUGAGGGAAAAAUAGGAAUUAUCGCCGCAUAUUCAGGCUUUCUAGACUGAAGUUGACUGGGUAAGUUGCACUACAUGAUUUAACUUUCUGAUGAACUUUUCUGAUGUUUUCUGAUGAAGUGUUUGCGUAUUUCGUGUUCCUCGGAAGCUUUGUUUGAAUUCAACUAUGGGUCGCUGCAACAGAGAGAAGCCACCAUGCAAGUAUUUCCACCCUCCUCAACACCUGAAGGACCAGCUGUUAAUCAACGGCAGAAAUCACUUGGCCUUGAAGAAUGCCAUUAUGCAGCAAUUGCCGCUGCAGCCCUUGCUGCAGCCACCGGCCGCACAACUCACCCCUGCUGUCGUGAGUAUCAUGAAUGCAUCAACUACUCCGUACAUGCCUGCUUUGGCUGGUCAUACGGCUUCAUCCUUUAGUCCAUACCUAAGCCCUAGCCCUAUGAUUCCUGCUGGUAUGAUGCCUGCGGAUGCUUUGGCCGCUCCACCGCCGCCGCCCCAGCUAACUUCCAUUGUGCAUACACCGAUAGUCACACAGAAGGUGCCCCGUACGGACAGAUUGGAGGUGUGCAGGGAAUACCAGCGGGGCAACUGCAAACGUGCCGAAACUGAGUGCCGGUUCGCCCACCCUCCCGACCACGUGACCGUGGACAGUGCGGAGGGUAUGGUCACAGUGUGCAUGGAUUUCGUGAAGGGUCGAUGCUCGAGGGAUUUGUGCCGCUAUUUCCAUCCGACGCCCCACCUGCAGGCGCAGCUAAAGGCCGCCCAGAGCCGAGCGAAUGCCGCCGCCUCACAAGCUGCUAUGCCCAAUGCAGAUGCUAAGAAGAGGCUGCACGAUUCUACACAGAUAGUACAGCAGCGUCCUCCAACUUCUACAGACAACAUGCUCCUGAUUUAUCCACUUUUGCAGGCCUUUCCUGGUGUCUCCCCUUACAGCAAGAGACCGGCAAUGGAAAAAAGUGGCUUGCCAGUGUAUCAGCCGAGCACUGCAGCCUAUCAGCAGGCUCUUGCCAUGCAAGUCCAACAACCCUUUGUUCCCGUGUCUUAUACAUGUCUCCCUUCAGCAGUGACUGGCCAUCCAACUGCUGUACCAAGAUUCUAGAGUAGGCCGUUGUUGGAGACCUCACUGUAGAGUAUUACAUCUCUUUCAAAAAAGCAAAGACAUUUUGAAAGAAAAGUGAGGUCACCUAAGCUACAAGAGUAAAAACAGUCAGCCUCUUUUUAAGUAUGAGGUGCUCUUCGCAGAAUAAGCAUUUCCAUCUCCAGGGUCUUCUGGGGUGGGACUACGAGAAAACAAGUGCCCCAAUCCAAGGCUAUGGAGUCUCACCCACAGACAGUCUGUGAUAAGGAGGCAGCACUUUUGAGGCUCCCUUGUGCUUGACACAGGGACAUCCCCACUUGUGAUGGGCGUCUAGUCAGGUGGCAUCACUUAGAUCUGAACUAAUGAAGUGUCUCUGAAUUCCCUCCCGAUUCUUUCUUAUCACCCUUGCCUCGAAAACCCAAUUUCCUGGGGAUAGAAAUGUUACCUAAAACUCUGAAGCAACUGGUGGUUUUUACUCAGUUGCUUAGGACAGUUUGAAGGCCUCAGUGAAAUAAUGGUAUCCUUGGCCAGACAUUAAGAUUAUUAUUGUCAUUAUGUUUGUGGAUAUAUUCAGAUGUAUUUUUUCUUUUCUUUCUUUUCACUCAUAUAUGAGAAAUAGCCAUCACUUAAGUUAACUAUCAAUGUUAUAAGUUAACUAUCAUCUAUGAUUGAUUGUUUUAUGAAAAUAAAUGCUGAUGAUGAUGGUGCAUUUUAUAGUAGUUCCUUAAAGAUUUUAUAUUUUAUGUUUUUAAUCAACAUUUUUAUUUUCUGUUGCUGAUAUUUUUGGGAUGUAAAAGUGUAAUAUUUCUUACAAAAUGUGAGAGUAAAUGUGUUUUUUCCUGGAAGAGGAAAAUUAGUUUUUCUCUUUUUUUUUUUUUUUUUUUUUAAGUACUCAACAAACAGCUAAUAUUUUUCAUUUCUGUCACCAUGAUGUCUAUUUCUCUCAAGAUUUAUAUUUUCAAGUGAAAUUUUUAUUAAUUUUACUUCUUUUUCCAAACGAUUUAAACCAUAGAUUUUGAACUGAGAUGCAUGUUUGUAAUACAGAUAAAAUACUAAUCGUAUCAAGAUGUGUUUUGCCUACAGUUAUUUGAAGUCUCUUGUAGGAAAUACAAAUUUUAUGUUAAAAUUUAAUCAUGCAUAAUUUUCUUUUUAAAAAUACUACUUAAUUUUUCAUGCUAAAUUGAUAAAAAUUGCAUUUAAUUUAGAAAGGAUUGUAAACAUUUACGAUGCUAAAGUCUGGUAUACACAGUACUUCAUUUCACAAAUGUUAAUUGUAAUUCUUGAUUUAUUACUUCGCCUAAAUAUGCUGCGUUUUAUUUUCUUAAUGUCCGUAAAUGUCAUAUGUUGUCACAGGCCAAGUGUUAUCUUUUUUUCAUUUGUAACUGGGUCAGAGGCCAAAGUCCGGGGCCAAAGUUUCCGGAAACGGUUAAGACAGCAACAUUUUUUGUCUGUGUUCUCAGUUAUCUGUGUGAUUGUUAAUUUUUUAAUCAAUUGAUCAUUUAGUUUCAUAGUAGUAUAUGCAGCGAGAUAAAGGAGAGAAAUUAUUCAUAUGUUAACUAGUGGUGCAGUUUGUUGACGUUACUGAAUUCUAGCAGGAGGGAGCAUUGUCUCUUGUUAGGGAAUGGAAGUUAUGGUUUCUUGAAAGAUGAUAUUUUUAAUAACAAUUGUUUGUAUGUCACAUUGUUUUAUUACUUGCAUAUCUUUGUAUGUGUUGGUAGCGUAAUGUGGAACUGUUACAAAUGUUUUCUGUGGAUUCUAGAUUAAUGAGACUCAUGAAGAAUUUUAUACACUGAAAAAUACUCUAAGAAAAAGAAUUAUAAGAAUACUAAAGUAUUCAAACUAUGGUGGCUUUGGUGCCGCCUUUUUCCGGUGAUACAGUUGCAAUGAUUUCAGUUAAAUAAAGUAAACCUUGUAGCUCCAAAGAGCUUUCUUACUCGAGACUCAGGCUAUACAGUAAAGCAAAGUACUUUGUGAAUAACAUAACUGUGUUAUCUUUUCUAUUGGUAGUUUUCACUCAACGAAAAUUUAGAAUUUGUAUUAGUAGACAGUUGCAUGUUUUAUAAUAAGUAUUUUAGUACAGUCUGAUUAAAAAUGGUAUUACGUAACUUAGGAAAUAAAGAAUUUAAAUUAUAUAUAUUUCCAACUAUUGAAUUCACAUAGAAAUAUAUUUAAUCCUUUAUUAAUGUUACUUGAUAAUUCAUUGUUACACAUUUUCAUCAAUAUAAGCCUACAGUAUUGCACAUUUUAAAAUGUUGGCAUAUUCUCGAGAUGUAUUACUAUUCCUAAAAUUUUUUUCACCCUUAAAAUUCCCUUGUUACUUAUACAACCACCAUUUAAAUAUUUAUUCCUUUCAAAAUGACUAAUGACAUCAAUCAUUUCUUCUAAAUUUAGUAGAAAUGCACAUUCACUCAUGUUGCAGAUAAUAAAUAGAGGAUGAAUAAUAACCUGGAGAUUUUAUAUUUGAACUAUUUACAAUGAGCUUUAAAGGUAAUAUUGGUGAAUAAUAACUUUUGUAAUAAAAUGAGAUCAUUCCUUAGAUGAAAUGUUAAGAUGUCUGAAAUAAUACGUUAAUGUUGAAAUAUUAAAUCUUUUUGUUAUAUAAAUAAAUAUAAUGCAUUAUCAUUUAUGAGAUGGAUGUUUUAACGUGUAAUAUAUAACUUACUAUUAUACUUGAUUGCUUAAGUAGUAUUAAAGAAUCUUAGCAAUAUGUACAUUUUAUAGUUUUUUGAUAAUCCACAGACACAUGAGAACUAAAGCCCAAAUUAUAUGCUUGUUAAAUUGGAAUUAUUGAAACUGAAAAGUAUGUGUAGGAUAAGAUUUAUUUACUUGUCUGUACUUGUAGUGUUCAGUAUAUUUCUUCCAGAUGUUCUAAAAAUUCUGUAAUUCAUUCUGCAAUAAUGUAUUUUGUUUUCCAUAUGAUUUAAUGUUUAAGUGUGUUAAAUAAAGGUUUCUUUUUUAUUUAGUUUUUUAUCCUGUGUAAUAAAAAAAAAGGUGUUUUUAAUAUCCAUUAAGAUGUUAUUAAAAGUACUUUAUAUAUUUAAAAUAUCAAAAUACUUAGUGUCUUAAUGACUUUUCUGAUAAAAUUGCACUACUUAUGAAAUUCAACACAUAUUUAUUGUAUGUUAUACAUUAUGGACAUUUUGUGUGUAGAAAACAGUAUAAAUAUUAUAUGAAUGUAAACAUGACUUAUUAGAAUUUAUUAAUUGAUUAUUUGUGUAAUGCUGCUUCUUUCUUCUUUUUCCAAAUAAUCCCGUGUGAGAUAACGGUGUUUAGACUGGAAAUUUUAUUGGAAGGCUGAAACAAUAUAGCUAUAAAAGAUGGUGAACAUUAUGUAACAAAACAUUUAGACAUUGCUGAAGCUUUAACUGUAAUAACUGUGAAAGGAUAUGUUUAUCCUUACAACAAAAUAUACUUUAGAAUUAAAAUAUUAGCCUGUGAUGAAUAAAGUUCCUUUUAAGCAUGCCACUGAUAUUCAUCUAUGGGGAAAUAUUUAUAUAAAGGAACAAAAAUAUAUUAAGGUCAGAUCUUUUAAUCUCGUGUUGGACUGAUGUGAUUCUUCAUUUGUAUUUACAAAUUAACAUUUUAUGUAACAUUUUUUUCAUAUUAUUUUUAUUAUAAAUUAAAGUCAUAGGUUUAAUACUAUGCAUCAUUUAUUGAAGUGGUGUAUGAGCUGUGUUUGCAUACUUGUAAUUGCUGUGUUUCAUAUCAUAAGCCAUGCGUAUGUUCUGCACAUUAUCCUAGAUGUCUAAUUAUGUGUAUAUGACAUCGAGAUCAGCUAAAGUGCUGAUUGGCUAUAGCACGAGAACUCGGUGGCAUUCUUGUUAUGAGACACUUAGAAAUCCACAGAAGUGAAUUUUUGAAAUAAAACAAAGUCUUGAACAUAUUGUUACCUUCCAUUGUAUGAUCUAAAAUUGUGGGUCUAGUGUACUUGAUCGUAAAUUUAGAUUAAACGCAUGUCUAAGUAGCAAGUAGAACUAAGAGUGUACAGCACUUGAAAAAAGUAUGCAGUUUAUAUUGUUAAGAUAUACAUGCAUAUAUGUAUAUGUAUAUACAUAUAUAUAUAAAUAUAUAAAUAUAUACAAUAUAUGAUAUUUAAAAAUGUGCCAGUCAUAUGAAUUACAUAGUGUGAUAAUCCUAAGAGAGUUGUGAAUUGGAUUGAAGAAAAAUCCAGUAUAACUAGCAGAUUCAAUUUUUGUGCCUCUAGGAAAGCUAAUACUCUAGCAGAGUAAUGUGAUUCUGUUUGUUAGUUCUAGCAGUUGCUUCUUUUUGACAAUAAUCAGUUAUUAUAUGUGUUAUUAAUUAAAUGUUUCACAAAAGAAUCUACUUAAUAUUUAUUAAUUGCUGUCUAAAGUUCAAAAUCAAAGGCUAUUUUAUUUUAGUGAUCUGAAGCCCUGUAAUUACUAAAUAAACCAUAAUGUUUAAGAGGCAGUUUUGGAUCUUUAUAUUUACUGAAUAAUAUCACUUCAUAAAUAGACUCCUUAGUUAGAAGAAAAUAUUUUUAAGUAAUGAGUUCUUAAUGCAGUUUAAACUUAUGCAAGUAGUAAUAUGAAAUAACCAUACAGAUUUUCUUUUGAAACAAAACUUCUACUGCCUGAUUCUUAGAAUCCAUUUUGAAUUUUAAGCAAUGCAGUAAUUUAAAGCUUUAUUUUGAACUUUAAACUUUUAUUUGGCCUAAGUGGUAUCUUACAUUUUAACUAGUUUAUAUGAAACGAAACUUUUCCUUCUGAAACUAUGAGUAACUAGAUGUGCUCCUGUAUUCAUUUUUUUCUGGUUUAUAAAAAUGGGAUACUCUUUUAAGCUAGCAAUUCCUUUAAUUUUAGAAACGCGUUUCUGGAAAUUAAUUGAUAGUGAAUUGCUUAAUAAUGCAGCAUUUUUCAAUCUGCAAAUUGACAGCAUCAAUCCAGCAUUUUUGCACUUUGUUUUAUGAACUCCUAAUAAAACUAAUUGAAUGCUUGUGUACAAUAAGAUGUUAAAGUUAUGUAGGAAUUUUACUUUCUAACAUCUGCUGUCAGCUUUGUUCUAAUUAGAAAAAACUUAUGCAUUUUUACUGGCUUUGGCAAAUAAUACCUGCUAUAUGUUGGAAAUAUGCAAGUUGAUGAAAGUUAUUAACUGGCCACAUUUUCUACCUAUGACUGUGUUUGAAGCAUAGCUUAUAACUGCUAAUGCUGUAUCACCAAGUUUUCAUUGCUGUAUACUCCUGCAUUGCUGUAUUACCAAACUUCAGUGUACCAAUGAAUAAAAUUACCUUUCUA